AUGGAGGGAAACGGUCAGAAGAAGGACGGCACGGAUAAUGCCCACAUUAGACCUGUAUCCUCUCUGCUUUCGCAUUUCGAGAACUUGUCGCAUCGCCGAGCUCCGUCCGCCGCCGCAACGAAUGGCACACGCGACACCCCUUCCUUCCUACGGACCCUUGAACCCGGCGACGACGUCCGCUCGUCUUCGCGAGCCUCCCUCGAUCUGUCUCGGUCAUCACAUACGCCAUGGGAAUCCACACCCGAAUUGAACAGAAGUCACGGGUCUUUGCACGGCAAUUGCAUCCCCCCUCGACCCGGACGCACUCCCGGGGUCUCCCCUGGGCGGCGGCAGGAUAGGCCCAUGUCUCUGAGCCUGCGUUCGUCGCCGCAGCUCCCACCAACCUUGACAGUUGACUCUCCUCGAUCUCCUCCACGGGGAUUCGGAUCGCUGGCUGAGCAUGAAGAGCAUGCACAAUUCUCCCGCAGUCCUCUCAACGCGUCUAGGGAGUCGUUGCCUACAAUCCCGCAGGGAGGCCGUCCGACGACCCCGGUCACAUCGCGCUUUCCUACAGAACCCAAGGCAGGGAGCCUCUCUCCGGGGCCCACGGGCUCGAUGACUAGUGGCCGUGAAAGCCCGAAGGACCAUCAUGGGAAGAGCGCAUCCCUUCCGCCUCCGGUGAACCGGGUGGACAAGCCCAAGAUUCCCGUCAAACCGGCCGCAUUGUCCCAUCACGAAGGCAGCUCGCUCACGACUCCGCAGCCUGAGCGUGCGCCCGCGGAUGACCGCAUCUCGCCAUUCAGCACCCCACCAAGUAGCCCCGAGAAAGACUCUCCAAAGCGGAAUCCGCCUACUUCGAGCGGCAUACAGCUUGCGCGCUCCCCCUCUCGCCGUUCGCCCUCGCAGCCGCCAGCAGAACCCCCGCGUCAUCGCUUUGAAGAACGAACCUCUACACCCCAGCCUCCUCUAUUCCGCGAGCCUUCAUUCACACAACGGCACUCUGUUGCAGAACCUCCGCGCGAGACUAGACCAUUAUCCGUGCAGAUUCCUCCAAGACCGUCGCUCCCAGCAGAACCUCUAUCUGCCGUGCCACUUUCUGCGAACCGGAUACCGAUGCAUGACGGUUUCUCAGAACGUCCGGGACUGCCUCCACGGCAACCGUCGAUUGCGCGAAGAGGCGGUCCGUCACCCUCGCGAUUGUCCAUCCAACGAGAAAAUUCGGUGCAUUCAAUCCCACCGCCGACGCCACAACGGGAGUCGCGGUACUUGGACAGCCCGGCAUUCUCCAUGCCGCCUCCGACGCCUAACCGGGAGUCGCGGCAAUUGCGUCGGGACGAACUCCCCACUCCGACAACGGUCCAGCGCCAUCCGUCGAUCGCCCGAGAGAAUAGACCGGGGCCGCCUCCGGCUGUCCCGGAAAGACCAGUGGUGGAGCGCCCUCUUGCAGAACGGCCUGUGGUGGAACGGCAGUCAGUGCGUGUCCAGAGUGAGGAUGAACAGAACCUAGACAGCGUUCCCGUUGCGCGUAAUGACUAUCCGGACGCCUCGACUGCCAACAGACGCCCGCCACUUUUGAAGUCUGGCCCAAUGGAAAUUAAUACACGGUACGACACACGACUCAUGGAUGUGUGUGGAAAGCACGUGUGCACCACCGGGUAUAUCACACGAGUGUGGGAUCUCACAACGGGCGAGCAACUCAUGAGUCUCAGUCAUGGGGAAACGGUCAAAAGCUUGUCCCUGGCCUUCAAGCCUGGUGUUGGACUGGAAGAUGAAGGCCAGCGCGUAUGGCUGGGUACGAAUUCUGGUGAAUUACAUGAGGUGGACAUUGCAACCGGGUCUAUUGUAGCAUCGCGCUCGUAUCCGUCAAGGAAAGAAGUCGUCAAGAUCCUUCGUCACAAAAAGGAGAUGUGGACCCUUGAUGAUGAGGGUCGGCUAUUGGUUUGGCCACCGGAUGAGAACGGCACUCCCAACCUUCAAUACAGCUACCACAACCCUUAUGAUCGGGUUGCGCGCGGACAUACUUUCUCCAUGGUAGUGGGCGAUAAGCUCUGGCUGGCUGCGGGCAAGGAGGUACAUGUGUACCGGCCCAAUGCGCGGGACGAUAUUUCGUUCAAAGUACUCAGCAGGCCGCUGGGCGCGCAUCAUACUGGUGAUGUCACGUCUGGCGCGUAUACUACUCGAGACGGCGGCCUUGUCUAUCUUGGUCAUUCGGAUGGCAAGGUGACGGUUUAUUCUGCCAAAGAUUACGCGUGUCUCGCAGUGGUGAACGUCAGUGUCUACAAGAUCAACUGUCUGGGAAUAGUCGGGGACUACCUGUGGGCAGCGUACAAAACCGGCAUGAUCUACGUCUACGAUACGAGCACAAACCCCUGGACAGUCAAGAAGGACUGGCGUGCCCACGACAGCCCUGUGAGCGGGUUCUUGUUGGAUUCGAGCAGUGUGUGGACGAUGAACCGCCUCCAAGUGACUUCACUGGGUGACGAUAACUGCAUUCGUUUGUGGGAUGGUAUGUUGGAGGAUGAUUGGUUGGAGACCCGGAUGCAAACCAGAGACGUCGAGUUUUGCAACUUCCGUGAGAUCCAUGCCGCAGUUAUCACCUGGAAUGCUGGUGCUUCGACACCUGGCAGUGUGCGGACGUCAUCGUUUAUCCAAGAUGCCAUUCAUCCUGAGAAUCCCCCGGAGAUUAUAGUCUUUGGUUUCCAGGAACUGGUGGAUCUGGAGAACAAGAAGAUCACAGCCAAGAGCCUUCUCCUGGGCAGCAAGAAGAAAGACAGCGGGGACAAGGAACACAUGAGUCGGCAGUAUCGGGUGUGGAUGGAACAUCUGACACGCUGCAUCAACGAUUGCAUGCCGCUGGAGGAAUCGUAUGUGCUGUUGCAUAGUGCGAACAUGAUCGGACUCUUCACGUGUGUGUUCGUCAAACACAAGGAGCGGCAGAGAAUCACGGAUAUCAGUGCAUCUGAGAUCAAGCGGGGUAUGGGAGGAUUGCAUGGCAACAAGGGUGCUCUUCUGUUCCGCUUUACGCUGGACGACAGCUCCAUCUGCCUGGUGAAUUGCCACUUGGCAGCCGGCCAGACGCAGACAGCCCACCGUAACAACGACAUCGCGGCGAUCCUCGAGGCGGAGUCGCUUCCCGCGGAGCCUAGCCUCGCUGCACGCGCGAACCGCUACGUGAGUGGUGGUGACGGAUCGAUGAUCAUGGACCAUGAGAUCUGCAUCCUCAAUGGUGAUCUGAAUUACCGAAUCGACGCCAUUCCACGGAAUGUGAUCAUCGACGCGGUCCGCAGCAACAACCUCACGAAGCUCCUCGAGCGCGACCAGCUGCUCGCCUCGCGGCGCAAGAACCCUGGCUUCCGCCUCCGGUCCUUCAACGAGUCCCCCAUCACCUUCGCCCCGACGUACAAGUACGACGUCGGCACCGACGAGUACGACUCGAGUGACAAGAAGCGUGCCCCAGCCUGGUGUGACCGGGUUCUGUACCGUGGCCUCGGCCGGGUUCGACAGCUCGAGUACCGUCGCCACGAGGUGCGGGCGUCCGACCAUCGGCCCGUCAGCGCCGCUUUCAAGCUCCGUAUCAAGACCGUGUUGGCCGCGGAGCGGGAGGCCGUCUGGGAUGCCUGCCAGCAGGAAUUCUCCCGCGAGAAACGUCGACUGGCCUCCGAAGCGAGUAUCGAAUAUCUCAUCACCGUCCUGGGCACCGAACCGCAACAAGCCCGGUCUUUGAUCAUGGGCAAUGGGAAUUAA